UGUCAACCUUAUCCUACAUCCAGUCAUACAUGUUGCGUCAGAAAGAUAUUCAUCCUUCGGCAGUAGUUCAUUACGAGUGCUAUAAUAAACUACAUCAAAAGGAAAAACCACGAGAUUAAUAAAUCGAUAUUGGUUGAUCUUACGAUACCUGUCGUUGAUAGCUAAAAAUCGGCACCAAUUUAUCUGUAAGAUAAAAUGAAGCUACUAUUACUACUAAACACUAUCUGAUCGACGUAAUUUUGCCUUCUUUCUUCUGUUCGCUGACGCCGUAUUUUGUUAUCACAGUGCAAAUAAGUUACAUUGAGACUCUAGUUGUGUCGAUUGCGUGAGUUACCUCCAACAUUCGCUUCCAUCAUCGCGAAAAUAACGAAAGAAAUAGAAGAAUAUUCUAGUGAAUAUGAACCGACAAUUUCUUCUACAAAGACGGAGAUAAAGACCGUGAAUUUUUGCUAGAUGUUAACUUCAAUUUCGUAUUCUGUCGUCGACCAUAAACAUGAGAAUCUGCUGCAAGUUGUUGUUCGUAAUUUUUCUGUGCUGCGUAUGGAGGGAAUGUAAUACUUUAGAAGGACAAAUUUUAAGAUCGUGCAUUUCAGCGAAGACUUGUGAAAAUUGUCUGCAAGCCGACCCUUCUUGUGCUUGGUGUAGUGAUUCGUCUUAUUCGAAUUCAACAAUUGGAAGGCCGCGAUGCAACUCACCGGAAAAAUUGAAGCAAUUCGGUUGCCUACCGCAGGAAAUUCGUACGAGUUCUGCAGGGACGAUAGAGUUUAUCAAGGACUUGAAUUUUCAGGAUAUGGAACCGGAACGAAUACCGAUACAAUUGCGGCCGCAACGAAUAAAAGUGAUGAUUCCACCUCAUUCCGAGAUAACAAUUCCCAUUCGUUAUCGGCUGGCCAAAAAUUAUCCAUUAGACUUGUAUUAUCUAAUGGACUUAACAUGGUCGAUGAGGGACGACAAGGAAACUUUGAUCAGAUUAGGGUGGAAUAUGAGUCAAACGUUUGGCAGCAUCACCAAUAACUUUCGUCUAGGCUUCGGUAGCUACGCUGACAAACCAGUAAUGCCAUAUAUCUUCCCAGGGCAUGAGGAGAAUCCUUGCAAGAGCGAGCACACUGAAUGCUCCCCUAUUUAUUCUUAUUGGCAUCACUUAAAGUUAACUGGUGACAUUCAGCGAUUCAUUACAGAAGUAAAUAAUAGCCAAGUUACUGGAAAUGUUGACAAUUUAGAAGGAGCGUUGGAUGGACUCGUGCAGGCGAUAGUUUGUACCAAUGAAAUUAAUUGGGCGCGUCAGGCACGAAAAAUUAUUUUAGUGGCCACCGAUGGACAUUUACAUACCGCUGGCGAUGGAAAGUUAGGUGGUGCUGUAAAGCGCCAGGACUUCAAAUGUCAUCUUAAUGAACGUGGACAAUACUAUCUAGCCGCACAAUUCGACUAUUCCUCGCUGGCAGAAUUUUCAAGACUAUUGCAGGAAUAUAAGAUCAAUGUAAUAUUCGCCGUGACGGAAGAGCGUCGUAGCGAAUACGAAGAGAUCGUCAAGUUGCUGAGAGAAAAGGCAACGAUCGCGACUUUGACCAGCGACAGCUCGAACAUUCUGGAUAUCAUUGAGAAUGCUUAUCAUCAGAUUACCUCGAAAUUGAUCUUACGCGACAAUUCUUCGAGUCCGCUGAUAAUGGAGUAUUUUUCUAACUGCGGCAAGGAAAACGUUUCGAAGUGGAACACUUUGGAAUGCGAUGACAUAAAGGAGGGACAGAUGUACGAUUUCAAGGUCGUACUAUCUUACAAAGAAUGUCCAAGGGAUAAAGACCUAUGGAAACAAAGGGUUGUGAUCGAGGAUGAACUGGCUUCUCAACUGUCAAAUAUAAUAAUCGAUGUUGAACUUCCGUGUGGUUGUAAUUGCAAAGAUACCGAAAGUUCUUAUUGUCAGCACGGAACGUAUGAAUGCGGUUUAUGCAAAUGCGACUCUGGUUGGUCCGGUGAAACAUGUGAUUGCGAUGAAAGUUCAUUGUCAAAUAACGUACAGCAGUGUAUCCGAGACAACUCAACGAAAAUUUGUUCCGAGAGAGGUGACUGUGUUUGCGGAAAGUGUUUCUGCGAUGAUGAAUACAAAGGAGAAUUUUGUGAAUGCUCUGCGUGUGACAAGAUGGAUGGAAUUGAAUGCUCAAAUAAGGGCACUUGCAAUUGUGGUGUUUGCCAAUGUAUAGAAGGAUGGGAAGGGAACGCUUGUCAGUGUCCAUCAACCAAUGAACUCUGUAUCGCACCAGGAAGUCAAGAAAUUUGCGCUGGUCACGGAUACUGCGACUGUGGAGAAUGUCGAUGUAACGUUACCGCAGCAGACGGCUUCUAUUAUCGAGGUACUUAUUGCGAAUCAACGAUAAGCACUGGUGGCAGUGGCCUGUGCGUUCUUUAUGAUCGUUGCGUUAACGCCACUGUCGAGGAUCCGAAAAAGGCAAACGAAUUUUGUCAAACGAAUACUAGCACUUACAACAUUGAAAGAGUGGAAUCCGUUGACAUAGAAAACGGACACUAUUGUGUCGUGAAAACAGUAAUGGGGAGAACGGCCUGUUCCAUACGUUAUGUAUACGAGUUUCAGAAAAAUAAUGUUGUCACCUUAAAGAUUGGUAACAAGCAAUGUCAGACUCCGGUAGACGUAGCAGUCAUCUCAUCUAUGAUCAUCAUCGGAAUUGUAUGCUUGGGACUCGCUUUUCUACUAAUUUGGAAGUGUUGGACAUCCAUAAAAGACAGGAGGGAAUAUGAGAAGUUCAUGAAGGAGCAACAGAAAACUGUGUUCAGUUUAAACCAAAAUCCUCUGUUUAAAUCGCCGAUAAGCCGAUACUCAGUUCCUUCGAUGUACAAAGAGGACUGAGAAAUCAAAUUUCUUCGAUUAAGUAGGUUAAUUCAAUUCGCUUUGAUCGAAAGAUUUGGAAGAACUACUGGUACUAUCAUCGGACAAUAUAUCGUUCCAGAAAUGGUUUCCAGCGGAAAACGUGAUGGACUGCAACAUAUGAAAUUUUUUCAUUCAAAUCCGAAUCUUUUAUAAUAAUUUUCGAAUUCGACAUUUGUUUUCAAUCUUUUAUGAUAGAGAAUCGAACAGUCAUAUGGAAAAAAUGAAAAAUGCAUUUUUGUCAACUUUUUGACGUUAUAUACUUACAGGUAAAUCAUUGUAAGGUAGUUAGAAGAGGAAUAAGUUCUUAAGCACAAAAAUAUAAGCUUCGUAAAAGUAGAUAAAUCUAUGAAAUUUUGUAAACAAUCAAAGAUAUAUCUACUAUUACGCCGAUCGAUAUUUUUGAUGAAACUAAUUUUUAAAUCGCUUAUCAUAUUUUCGGCCUAUGGUCUUCGAUUUAUAGAUAUGUUUGAUUUAAAGAAAUACUUUUUACAUCUACUGAUAUAUCUUCGACUAUCCACGCAAAUCCAAGAGGUUCUCUGUAAAUAAUAUUUGUAGAUGGUAUAUUAUUGUGCCAUAUAGCUUCAAUCGAGGACCCAUCGGGAAAUAUGUAUGUUCCUAGACCGACCAUCGUUCCGUUCGGAUCUAUUCUACCUCGAUACUGAGCGUCGUUAUUAUACCUUAAGUAAAUUGUAUGUGAUUUUAUUUAAUUAUAAAUUGUGAAAUAGACUUUAUUACUUAAUAUGAA